UGAACUGUGUGUGAAAAUUUAUUUGCAUAUAAACUCAGUCACUUUAGCAAUCUUUAGUGCAAUUUUUAUAAUUUUUAACAAUUGUUUGAACAGAAUUUCUAACAAAAUUAAUAUGGCUUUGCGUUGGGGUAUCGCUUCUGCUGGUAAAAUCAGCCAUGAUUUCGCCGUUGCUUUAAGUACUUUACCGGGAAGUGAUCACAAGGUAGUAGCCGUGGCUGCUCGUCAAAAGGAUCGUGCUGAGGAAUUCGCCAAGAAACAUGAAAUACCAAAUGCGUUUGGUAGCUAUAAAGAGAUGGCUGAAUUUGCUGACGUGGAUGUGAUCUACGUUGGCGCCUUAAACCCACAGCACUUGGAAAUCUCUGCACUGUACCUCGAACAUGGCAAGCAUGUGUUGUGCGAAAAGCCGCUCUGCAUGAACUACAAGCAAUCCAAGCAGCUCAUAGAUCUCGCCGAAAGCAAAAACCUUUUCCUAAUGGAAGGGAUCUGGUCACGCUUCUUCCCUGCCUAUCAAUAUCUGCGUCAACAAAUCAAAAACGGUGUACUGGGUGAAAUCAAAGAGGUUAAUGUUGCAUUUGGUUUCGACUUAAGCCACGUCGAUCGUUUGUCCAAAAAAGAAUUGGGAGGCGGUGUUGUGCUAGAUUUGGGUGUCUACGCUAUACAAGCAUCGCAAUGGGGCUUCCAAGACACGCCACUAAAGGUCAUAGCAAAGGGCGAACUCAACGAAGACGGUGUGGAUAAGUACGUGGAAGCCGAGUUGCAGUAUUCCGGUGGACGCGUCGGCAAGUUAGUUUUCGGCGCUAAAGAAGAGUUGGCGAAUAAGGCGGUCUUCAAGGGCACGAAAGGCGAAAUCACGAUACCAUUGUUCUGGUGUCCCAUCAGUCUCAUCGAUGUUGAUGGGCAGGUGAAGGAAUGGCCCUUGCCAAAGGGAAGGUACGCUACUAACUACGCGAGGUCAGAGGGUUUCCGCUACGAAGCUGAGGCAGUACGUCAAAGCAUACUGAAAGGUGAAAUCGAAAACGAAAAUGUCACCCACAAUGAAAGUCUAACUAUUGCUAAAGUGCAAGAUGAUAUUAGAAAACAAAUCGGUGUAGUCUUUCCAGAAGAUAACUACCUCAAAACGAAAAAAAAAAAAAUGCCCGUACUAAAAUGGGGUAUUGCAGCAGCUGGCCGUAUAACGCAUGAUUUCGUCACAGCAUUGUCCACCAUUGAGAAUAGUCAGCACACGGUAAUCGCUGUGGCUGACGUCGAAAUGACGCGCGCGCAACAAUUUGCUGAACGUCAUGAAAUACCAAAAUGCUACGAUGGUUUCGAUGCCUUAUCUCUGGAUACAGAAAUUGAUGUAGUCUACGUGGGCACAUUAAAUCCUUAUCACUAUCGCGUAGUGCGUCUAUUGUUGGAACGCAGUAAACAUGUGUUGUGCGAGAUGCCCCUUUGUCUAAGUUUGCGGCAAGCGGCGGAGCUCUACCGUGUGGCAAAGGAACGUAAUGUGUUUCUUAUGGAAGGCAUGUGGUCGCGUUGCUUCCCCAGCUAUGCACGCCUGCAUGAAAUUUUGCUUGCCGAUUGUAUUGGCGAAGUGACACUCAUACAAGUGCAACAUGGUUCUCGUGUGAAUAGUGAACGCGUUUUGCUGCGUUCACUCGGCGGUUCCAUUGCGCUUGAUAUUGGCCGCUAUGCGAUACAAUUGGGCCAAUUAGUCUACGGUUGCGCGCCCAUUGACAUUAAAUGCAACGCACAUCUGAAUAGUGAUGGCGUCGAUGUGGAGAGUGAAUUCAUAAUGGAUUAUGGUCAAAAUCGAAAGUUGGCUGCAUUCAUAUCGGGCUUGGAAGAUUUAGAGAACUGUGCUCAAUUGCUGGGCACCCAGGGUGAAAUCAAGCUCGACAACUAUUGGUGCUGUACCUCCCUGACGAGGCCCAACAAUAUCACCGAAUCCUGGCCAUUACCUCCCGCCAAAUUUGAAUUCAACCACACCAAUUCCUGUGGACUACGCUACGAAGCGGAAGAAGUGCGUAAGUGUAUCGAAAAACGUUUGCUGGAAUCUCCGCUCUUUACGCAUGCGCAGAGUCUCGAACUGAUGUGCAUCGAAGAGGAGAUGCGUCGGCAAAUGGGUGUAAAUUAUGACGAUGUGUUGAGCUUGGAUUUGUGAGCCAACACCCUAAGCCACAGGGGAAAAGAGGCGGGCAUUAGAGCCGAAAGGAAAACGCGUACUCUUAAGUAAGCAAAAUUUGAGAAAUUUGUAGGUUGGAAAAACCACACGCGCACGCCCCUAAAGGGAUAAAGAUUGCAGACCGCGUGCUUUUACAAGAGUUUCUUAUGCUUUUUAUUAAUGCUCUUAAGACAUAUUUUUUAUCUACAUACGAUUAGUGUUAUGCAAUUUUCAUUGUGUUGGUGCUACAUACGUCGGUAUGUACAUAUGUGUAUGUCUCCAUGGGUAUAUAUAAUCCACAUUUUUUAUUCGGGUUUUAUUUGCAUUAUUUUAGGUGUUUCUUUUUGAUUCUCAAAUAUCUUAAAUUAACUAGAAUACAUCAGCU